AUGCUGCUUUGGAUUGUUCUACUGAAUGCGGCUCUUUGUGUUGCCAGUGGAAAUGUUACAAGGGACGUUUGUAAGGAGCAGAUAUGCUCUUGCAACGAGAUCGAGGGCGAUGUGCACAUAGACUGCGAAAAACGGAGCCUGACCACGCUGCAGCAUUUGACUGGUCCCAGCUCGCAGUUCUAUCACUUGCUGUUGCACGGGAAUUCUCUGUCCAGGCUCUUUCCAAACGAGUUCGCCAACUUUUACAACGCGGUGAGCCUUCAUUUGGAAAACAACGGCUUGCACGACAUUGUGCCAGGCGCGUUUCUGGGACUGCAGCUCGUUAAGCGGCUGCACAUCAAUAACAAUAAGAUCCGCUCGUUCAGGAAGAGUACAUUUCUGGGAUUAGACGACUUGGAAUAUCUCCAAGCUGAUUUUAAUCUAUUGAGGGACAUUGACCCCGCUGUUUUCAGGGACCUAAAUAAACUUGAAGUGUUAAUAUUGAACGAUAACCUCAUCAGUGCACUACCUAUAAACGUGUUUCAGCAUGUGCCCAUUACGCACUUAGACCUGAGAGGGAACCGGAUCAAAACGUUGCCUUAUGAGGGGAUUUUGGAGCAGAUCCCUGGCAUUGCAGAGGUGCUGCUGGAGGACAACCCCUGGGACUGUAACUGCGACCUGGUUUCUCUGAAGGAAUGGCUGGAGAACAUACCGCAUAACGCUCUGAUCGGACGGGUCAUAUGCGAGGCGCCCACACGCCUGCAGGGCAGCGACUUGAACGAGACAUCGGAGGCGGAGCUUUGCCCGUCACAGAGCGAGGGGGCGGACACCAGCCUGGUAGCUCCGCCCACCCAGGACCAGACCUCAAACCCUGCUGCUCCCAACCCCCGUCCCACGCCUUACAAGCCCAGCAAAGACGCCAGCGGACCCCCCACGCCCGUAGGAGGAGGCGGCGGGCACGGGCCAAAAUCACGCUCCAAAUCUCGCGAGAACUGGCAGCUGAAGACCAAGCCCACCCCGGUAGUGACGAGCACGAACGGCGACAGGGAGCAGCAAGUGCACAACAUGACGUGCCCGCAGCCAUGCACGUGCAAGCUGGUGGGCUCGAGACAGGGGCUGGGGGUCAACUGUGAGAGCAAGAAGAUUGAAAGUUUGGCCAAUCUGAAACCUAAACCACUCUCAGCCCAUGAACUCAACAUGAGAGAGAACAACAUCCAUGCUGUAAAAAAGAACCAGCUCUUAGGCUACACCAGCCUCAACCUGCUCGACUUGGGAGGCAACAACAUCAAGGUCAUAGACAACGGCACCUUUCAGAAUCUGAGCGAACUGCGAUGGCUCUAUUUGGAUAAGAACUAUCUGGAUACACUACUGGCGGAGAUGUUCAUUGGCCUUGUGAACCUGGAAUACCUAAGUUUGGAAUACAACGACAUCCAGCUCAUAGUGGCGGGCGCCUUCAGCCACAUGCCCAAUUUGAGAGUUCUGUUCCUCAACAACAACCUCCUCAAAUCCUUACCCGUGGAUUCAUUUUAUGGGAUUUCGUUAUCCAAAAUUAGCCUACACAACAACUACUUUACGUAUCUCCCCGUGGCUGGCGUCCUGGACCAGCUCAACUCUAUUAUCCAAAUCGAUUUGCAUGGGAACCCGUGGGAUUGCUCGUGCAACAUCAUCCCCUUCAAGCAGUGGACCGAAAAGCUCGGAGCAGACGUCAUUGUGAGCGACCUCAAGUGCGAGUCGCCGGAGGAGUUUUGGAAACGCGACUUCCGCUACGUCCGCAAUGAUCUCAUGUGCCCCAAAAUGUACGACAAAAUCUCCCCCACGUCCCUAUCCAAAAACAGCACCUACACAUUAGACUCGGGGACGAGGUCAAACUCAUACGUAGAGCCCAACAGGGUGUCCAUUUCCGUUCUGGUACCCGGGCUGCUGUUAGUUUUCGUAACGUCCGCGUUCACCGUUGUGGGGAUGCUCGUGUUCAUCCUCCGCAACCGGAAGAGGUCGAAGCGGCGCGAGGGGAAUUCGUCUGCGUCCGAGAUCAAUUCUCUACAGACAGUUUGCGACUCCUCCUACUGGCACAGUGGAGCGUACCAUCAGGACGGGGGUGCCCAUAGAGGAUUUGAUUGCACGACGCACCUUUCCUCGACAAAUGACGCGUAG